AUUACUAGAAACACCACUUUCCGACUUGGAACAUUUAGAAACAAAAAUGGGGCUAAAACUGUUCCACUUUCCAGUUUGUUUAAUAACUCUUCAUUUCUCUUCUAGGUGUGUUUUGACUGUAACGCCAAGAAUCCAACAUGGUCCAGCGUCACUUAUGGCAUUUUUAUAUGUAUAGACUGCUCAGCCAUCCAUCGCAGUUUAGGGGUGCAUUUGACAUUCGUGAGGUCUACACAGUUGGACACUAACUGGACAUGGCUACAGUUGAGGCAGAUGCAACUUGGUGGAAAUAGCAAUGCAUUGCAAUUUUUCAGUCAACACAAUUGUACCACAACGGAUGUACAGAAGAAAUAUAAUUCAAGAGCUGCUCAGUUGUACAAAGAUAAAUUGAAUCAAGCUGCCAUAGCUUCAGUGAAAUCCAAUCCACAUCUUCACAUUACUUCAUCUCAUGAAAACCAUGACAAAUCAAAUGCAAAUAAUGCCACAUUGGACAUUUUUGCUGAACACGAGCAACUUGCAUCUAAAGAAGUGCCAGUUGAAGAGGACUUUACACCAAAAAUUACUAAAAAGGAAAUGAUGAAUUUGGAAGAUGGACCUAAGGUAGACUGCCUGAAUUCAGAGCUAAAUUCUGCAUCAGCACCAAAAACAUCAAAUAUUACUGCAAGGAAGCAGCCUGCAAAGAAAGGUUUGGGAGGCGUGAAAAAAUCCGGCCUGGGCGCCACUAAAGUGAAGGCGAACUUUGCCGAACUGGAGCGCGAAGCGGAACUAGCCGAAGAGAGCCGAAUGGUCGCUGCCGAAGAAUCGCUGAAAUCCGUAGCGCGUUCGGCACAGGAACGCAGCGACCAAGAAGCUGCCGUGAAGCUAGCCUACAAGGAUAUCAGCGAGCAACAACAUAAACAGGAGGAAAGAUUGAGGAAGCAGGACCCCAAGAAGGCGGAUCAGUUCGAGAGGCUCGGCAUGGGGGUCAUGUCAAAGAGCGGAAUAAGCCAUUCGGCUCUGAGCGACAUGCAAACCAUAGAACAGGAGAAUCUCCCGUCUGCUCCGAGCACGCUAAGUUCGCUAGGCAAACUCCGACUGACGGACACCGAGAGUUUCUUCGACGACCACGGGUUCGGAAGCGGCGGGCUAUCCAGCGGUUUCGGUGGAUUCGGGAGCGGCAGCAGUUCGGGAGGAGGAGGAGGAGGAGGAGGCGUUAGCAAGAUAGAGGCUUACCUAGCGGAGGCGAAGAGCAAUAGCAAGGACAGUUGGGUUAUCAUCGAUGAUCCGCCGGAGAAACCCAAGAGUAAGAUAUAUUUAAGCACAGAUUAUUAGUAUGUUACAGAUACUUUUUGGAACCAUCCGUCGCAGUGCCACCAGAAGCGAUCAUUUUUUCCAGGAAAACUAUCCAACCAUGCUCAUGUCUUCUAUUAUUAUCAGUGCGAUGUAUUAUACACAUUUUAAUACUCUCACGCAAUCAAAUAAAUUCAGGAAUAAAUUGUAAGAAAAAUUGGU